AAGCAAUAAAAUUGGAAUAGUCUCAUUCUUAAGUAAAGAAAGCGAAAAAGUAAAAAAUAAUUUAAAUUUCAAGAUAUAGUUGAGGCCAUCAAACAAUGUUUAUAGAUAUCAAAGUUUGAUCAUAGAGGAAAAACUAAUAUAACAUAUUAAACGUGAGAAGAGAGCUUGUGGUGGUAGGAAUGACAACGCCGAGGCACAGACAUGAUGGUGCAACACCUCCAUAUCAAUCACGAAGGGGUGGUGUCAGACCAAUAUAUGAAGAUUUUAAACCUACUUCAGAAUGGUCACAAGAUGAUGAUACAUAUGUUCUCGCUAUUCAAGUUCCUGGUUUCAUGAAGGAGCAACUCAAGGUUUCAACCGAAGAUCGGAAUAUCAUUAGGGUUCGUGGAGAAUGCCUGAUUGCCGGCAACAAAUGGAGUCGUUUCCAGGAGGACUUCCAAGUCCCGGAUAAUAGCAAACUAACAUCAGUUCGUGCAAAGCACGACGGAAGAACUUUAACCAUUACGAUCCCAAGAAAGAAUGUUGGUGCUGGUAAAGUAACCCUUAGCCCUCUUCCAAAAGCUGAAGAUCAAGUCCUUCCUCCUAAAAUUACAGACAUGAAAUCUCCCAAGGAACCCGGGCGUGAUCAGGGCGGCCAAGAUAAAAUUACUCCAGCAAUUGGUAGUAGCAAGCCGAUAACAGAUGGCAGAAGUUCAGAAUCAGCUCCAAGGACAAAAAUUGGACGACAAGAAGAUGAAAGAAAGAGUCAUAUGGAGAAGGAUAAAAGCCCGGAACUGACAGAGAAACCUGCUGCACAAGAAAAUAUUGUGGACAAGGUAAGGAAGGAGAUCGUUGAUGACAAAAGUUUGGAACCACUAGGAAUUAAGAGAAUGUCCGGCGAUAAACCAAAUACUAGAAUUGGACAACAGGAAGACGAAGAAAAGGCUUAUAUCGAGAAGCAGGGAACCCAACACAUUGCAACAAAAACAGCACCAUGGAAGGAUAAUGUGGGAAAAGGUAAAGAUAUAACUGAAGAUCGUGAGAAGAUCAAAUCAGAGAAAAUAUCUAAAAAACAUCAUCAUAAAAUUGACAAAUCAAGUACAACUGAUGAUUCUCCUGAUCAUGGCGCUUUGAAAGUGGAACUGAAGAAGUACAAGAAGAAAGCAAGGAAAGGGAUUGGCGAGCUUCACGAAGAGAGGCAAUUGCUGGCGAACAUGGGUGCAGCACUGCUUGUUAUUGUUGGACUGAGUGCUUAUAUCGCCUACAACUUUGGAUAUCAGAAUGCUAAACAUUAGCUAAAUAUAUACUAUACGGUGUACAGAUACAUAUUCCUGUAUAUUCAAUUCCAGUAAUUAAUAAAUUAAUUGUGUUUAUGGAAAA